AUGCUCGCCAAGAGCAUGCUGAACCCUUAUGAUCAGCCAUUUGAGAUAUCUUAUAAUACAGAAGAGGAUCCGGCUGCUCAAGACAUUGUGUCCAGACCAAUCGAAGAGCAGGCAGAACCAGAGUGUCAUGACUACCGUCGCGACCCUUCAGGAGAGGCUCGAUGGUAUCGACUUUGGAAGCCUUCCAAAGACAUUGCCCAGAUGGGCAAAGUCUACAGUCAAGCAUACAUCACACUAUCCGCGUCAAGCGCCGCGAGUGUUACAGAAGGGUUUCUUCAAAACCGCUCUAUACCCCAGCCCUUGUACCCGAUCGCUCUUCGAUACGUUAAUGAAUCUGGGGUUGAGGGGACCAUCAUUGUGACUUCAGAGCCAAUCCCUGAAGCAGACAAACUUAUCGCCUUCUCAACUAUCCCCAAGACCCUUAGCAGACCCGGCAGGUACUUGGCCGGACUGUGGGAAACAGAUUUGCCAUGCAAUCUCCUGUGGAAAGUCACUCAUCUUUGGUUCCCAUCGUCUGGAACCGUCGACAAGCGAAAAGCCAAACUCGAAACCUAUCGUGCGCCUUCAUGGUCAUGGGCCUCGGCUGAUGGAGAGGUUGAAUGUAAGCUUGGUGUUGACUCGUCAAUACCUGAACCUGCUUGCGAAGUUCCGGGUGUGCAUGUCGACUUGGCCAACGAAAAUGCGCCGUUUGGUGCCGUGGUUUCUGGAUACAUCAUCAUCAAGGGCGAUACGAGACGCGCCAUGUUCUAUCCUUUGACGAGUGAGCUGUUCUUCUACGAACCUGGGACGGAAAAGGGAGAGGAAGAACUUCAGACAGCUAGAUAUGAAGGGUUUGCCGAUUGCAAACCAGAUGAGGAUAUGGCAGCUGCCGAGAAUCCAUCGGUCAAUGUGUGUUGUCUACAUAUACGGGACUUUGGAGGUCGCGGAGAGGGCCUGCUUCUUGUCGAGGAUGUUGAGGACGAUUUGUUUCAGCGUAUUGGUCACUUCUACUGGAAUCUGGAAGACUUGGGGGAUUCAUUUGAGCAUGCGGAAAAGGCAGAAGUCAAGAUCGUAUAA